AUGUUUUUCAGAGUUGUGAGUAAGAAUUACCAGCACAUCCUGGCCUUGGUAUUUGCUGUAAAGGAAAUCAAUAAGAAUCCCAAGAUUUUACCAAAUUUCACCCUGGGAUUCCAUAUCUAUGACAGCUAUUAUGAUGUCAAAUGGACCUGUUAUACCACAAUGCAACUUAUUUCCAUGGGAAAUAGAUUUGUUCCUAAUUACAGCUGUGACAUCCAGGACAAUCUAGUUGCAGUCAUUGGGGGACCUUCCUCUAAAAUCUCCCUUGAGGUGGCAAAUGUUCUAGACAUCUACAAGAUUCCACAACUCUUGUAUGGAUUUGGUCCAAUGAGGAUUGCAAACACUCAACUACUUCCUUUCUAUCGAAUGGUUCCAGAUGAAGCCCAUCAAUACAUGGGAAUUCUUCAGUUACUUCGACACUUCAACUGGACAUGGGUUGGAUUUGUUGCUGACAAUAAUGCAAAUGGAGAAAGGUUUCUGCAGAGAAUGCUUCCAGUAUUUUCUGAGAAUGGCAUAUGUCUUGCAUUGUCAAAAAUAUACCCCAGGAUGAGUUUUGAUAAUGACUUUGAAGAGCAAAAGGAAUGGUUAUUUAAAAUAUAUGAUAUGGUCAUGACCAGCACAGCAACUGCAUUGAUCUUCUAUGGAGACUGCAAUUCCAUGGUAUCAUUGAGAUAUUUCCUGUUUUUGCCAGAAAUGGAAGACACAACAAAAAAGCCAAAAAGUAAAGUGUGGAUUCUGACAGCCCAGAUGGAAUUCACAUCUACUGUAUUCCAUAGAAGUUGGGACAUACAAGUAAUCCAUGGCUCUAUAUCCCUUGCCAUUCAUUCUAAUGACCUAUUAGGAUUCCACCAAUUUAUUCAAAGCAGGAACCCUUCCAAAGCAAAAGAAGAUGGUUUCAUCAGGGAUUUCUGGGAGCAGGCAUUUGGUUGUUUGUUCCCAGAUUCAGAUCUGGGCAACAUAGAUGGUGAUAUCUGCACCGGAGAAGAGAGGCUGGAAGAUCUCCCCGGUGCUUAUUUUGAAAUGAGCAUGACUGGCUACAGCUACAAUGUCUACAAUGCAGUCUAUGCUGUGGCCCAUGCUCUGCAUGCAAUGCACUCAUCCAGGUCAAAAAGCAGAGCAAUGAUGCAAGAAGAAGGAAGGAGUCGUGAGAACCCACCUGCAUGGCAGAUCCACCACUUUUUGAGAUGGGUCUCCUUUAACAACAGUGCUGGGGAGGAGGUUUCCUUUGACUUAAAUAGAGAAUUAAUGACAGGAUUUGAUGUUAUAAAUUGGGUCACAUUCCCUAACCAAUCCUUCAUCAGAGUGAAAGUUGGAAGGAUGAAUCCUCAGGCUCCUCCAGAGCAAGCACUCUCUGUUAAUGAAGACACGAUUGUAUGGCAUAGCUGGUUUAACCAGGCACAGCCCCUUUCUGUCUGUAAUGACAACUGCCUUCCUGGUUAUAGAAAGAAAAUGAAGGAAGGGGAGCCAUUUUGCUGCUAUGAUUGCAUUUCAUGUCCAGAAGGGAAGAUAUCCAGCCUGAAUGAUAUGGAGGAGUGUUUUACAUGCCCAGAGGAUCGUUAUCCAAACAAAGACAAGAAUGAAUGCAUUGCCAAGGUUGUCACUUUCUUGUCUUAUGUGGAACCUUUAGGGAUUGGGCUAAGUAUUACUGCUAUUUCAUUGAUUGUGAUCACAGUUCUGGUGUUAGGAACAUUCAUGAAGCACCACAACACUCCCAUAGUCAAAGCCAACAACCGGAACCUCACCUACAUGCUCCUUGUCUCCCUCCUACUCUGCUUCCUUUCUGCGUUGUUAUUCAUUGGCCAACCUCAAAAAAUUACAUGUCUCUUCCGACAGUCAGCCUUUGGCAUCACCUUCUCAGUAGCUGUCUCUUCCAUUUUGGCCAAAACCAUCACGGUGGUUCUAGCCUUCAUGGCCACUAAGCCAGGAUCCAGGAUGCGGAUCUGGAUGGGGAAAAGAGUAGCCAACCUCAUUGUUGUUUGCUGCUCUUUGAUUCAAGCAGGGAUAUGUGCUGUGUGGCUGGCCACCUCUCCCCCAUUCCCAGAUGCCAACAUUCAUUCAAUGACUAAAGAAAUUUUCUUGGAAUGUAAUGAGGCAUCGCCCACCAUGUUUUACUGUGUACUAGGCUACAUGGGUUUCCUGGCCAUUACCAGCCUCUCUGUGGCUUUCUUUGCCAGGAAGCUGCCUGACACUUUCAAUGAAGCCAAGCUGAUCACGUUCAGCAUGUUGGUCUUUUGCAGUGUUUGGCUAUCUUUUGUUCCAACCUACUUGAGCACCACUGGGAAAUACAUGGUAGCUGUGGAGAUCUUCUCUAUCUUAGCAUCCACUGCUGGCUUAUUGCAUCUUAUCUUCCUCCCCAAAUGCUACAUUAUUGUUCUGAGGCCUCAGCUGAACAACAGGGAACAGCUAAUAAGGAUAAAUCUUAGGAAAAGUUAA